UUUGUGUGUUGCAUUGUAUUCCAAGUUUUGUUUCUACCUGCCGUUAUUACCAAUUGAAUUUACUGAAUUCUUCUCAUAAAGGAUAUAACAAUAAUUGUGUUUAUCGGAAAUCAACAAUAAUGAACCAUGGUGAAUGUUAUGAAAGGAGUUCUCGUUGAGUGCGACCCGGCGAUGAAACAGUUCCUGCUGCACCUCGAUGAGACACUUGCACUCGGCAGGAAGUUUAUUAUCCAGGACCUGGACGAUACACACGUAUUCAUAUCUGCAGACAUAGUAGAAACACUACAAGCACGUGUUGAUGAUUUAAUGGACCAACUCAGCAUUCCCGUACAUGACAAAGGACUUUAACCCACAAUGACAGCUAGAGAAUCCGGAAGAGUUAAGGAGGCGGAGAAACGAAGAGUCCUUGAUGAUGCAGCCAGAAAACGAAGGGCCAGAAAGGCCAUUGAGGCUCUCGAGCAAGACAACUUCCAUGAAGACCCCCAUGCUGAUUUAGUCAUGUCAAAAAAAGUGCCAAAAUUUGCUGAUUCUAAUGAAAAACCAACUAGAAAGAAAAAGGCUAAGAGUGCAGAGUAUUA